CUGAGAACUGUGUACUGAGACAGUUUACAAUUGCAAAUUGUAAUGAAGUAAUUGAAAGAAAGGCUAGAAGUUGAGAAGGGAGAGAGACAAAGUGGAAGAAGAUGGAGACAGAAGUGGAAGCUGGCCGUGUAAAGCCAUUGUCGUACAAAGUGAAGGCAAUCUCCAGAGAGUCUCCUUCUCAGAAGGCCUCUCACGUUCUCGACGCCGACCUCCGCUCCCACUGGUCCACCGCCACCAACACCAAGGAGUGGAUUCUUCUCGAACUCAACGAACCUUGCUUGCUCUCCCACAUUCGGAUUCACAACAAGUCCGUUCUCGAAUGGGAGAUUUCUGUCGGAUUGCGCUACAAGCCAGAGACGUUUGUGAAAGUUCGACCGCGUUGCGAGGCUCCUCGACGGGAUAUGGUGUAUCCGAUGAACUACACUCCUUGCCGCUACGUGCGAAUUUCUUGUUUGCGAGGAAAUCCGAUUGCUAUUUUCUUCAUUCAGGUGAUUGGGGUUUCAGUUAGUGGUCUUGAACCAGAGUUUCAGCCUGUUGUUAACCACUUGUUGCCUCACAUAACAUCGCAUAAACAAGAUGCCCAUGAUACGCAUCUUCAGUUGCUUAAAGACAUGACAAACCGGUUGCAUAUGUUCCUUCCCCAACUUGAGGCAGAACUUGACAGCUUUUCAGAUGCUGCUGAACAUAACCUACGUUUUCUUGCCAUGCUAACUGGUCCAUUUUAUCCAAUACUUUAUGUCGUGAAUGAAAGGGCAACUACAAAGUCUUCAGGCAGUGUACCAGACUCUGAAGUUUCCAAGAAUUCUCCACCAUCUUCAGCCUUAACCGUUUCUUCUAACUUUGAGCCACGGAAGUUACGCAGUAUGUCACCUUUCGUUUUAUCCACAUCAAGUUCCAUGGUGUUCCGUCCAGAUGUGAUUUUCAUGCUGUUGAGAAAGGCAUACGAAGAUUCUGAUUUGGGAACUGUUUGCAGGACGGCUUCUAGAAUCCUGCAGAAGCUUUUAGAGCCUGUUAUUGUUCAGGAAGCAUCGACGUCUCCUAGUGAAAUGACAUCUGGGGAUGAGUCAUUAAAAUCUGAAUUACUUAUUCCUGUUCCUUUACUCGACUACUCAAAUUUAUUUGGAGAAGACUUCCAGCUACCUGAUGAUCAAUGGGAUUCCAGCCUUCUUAGCAUCCUGGAUUUAGGGGCAGUUGAAGAGGGAAUUAUACAUGUUCUUUUUGCGUGUGCGUCACAGCCUAUUCUCUGCAGUAAAUUGGCAGGGAGAAGUUCUGACUUCUGGUCUGCAUUGCCAUUGGUGCAAGCAUUGCUACCGGCUCUUCGUCCUUUAGUAAGCAGUCCUUCUAAUAUUGUUGAUGACAAUUUUUCUCAAUGGAAACAACCUAUUGUACAACAAGCCCUAUCUCAGAUUGUAGUGACAUCAUCAUCGUCAUUAUACCGUCCACUUCUUCAUGCUUGUGCUGGUUACUUAUCGUCAUUCUCGCAAUCACAUGCUAAGGCUGCUAGUGUCCUGAUUGACCUGUGUUGUAGCGUCCUAGCACCUUGGAUGACUCGGGUGAUUGCAAAGGUUGAUCUGGCUGUGGAGCUUCUGGAGGAUCUUUUGGGUGUAAUUCAGGGUGCUAAACAUUCCCUGGCCCGUGCACGAGCUGCCUUAAAAUAUAUUGUGCUGGCUAUCUCCGGUCAUAUGGAUGACAUACUUGGAAAGUAUAAGGAAGUUAAGCACAAAAUUAUCUUUCUUGUGGAGAUGUUAGAGCCCUUUAUUGAUCCCGCCAUUGCUUCAUUUAAGAGCACAAUAGCAUUUGGAGAUCUAUCUCCUGCUUAUCCUGAAAAGCAGGAAAGCAAUUGUGCGAUUGCUCUCAAUGUGAUUCGUACAGCAGUACACAAACCAGCAGUUUUACCCUCUCUGGAAUCGGAGUGGAGGCGUGGCUCGUUUGCUUCUAGUGUCCUUCUUGCAAUACUGGAACCUCACAUGCAAUUACCACCUGAAAUUGACCUUCGCACUUAUUCGGUUUCCAAACCAUUAGAACUUGAAAGUGGUUUAUGCCAUGGGAUUAGUUCUGUAAAAUCAAACAGCCAGGAAGAACUUGAUGGAAAGACAGAUGUUCCAGAUACCACCAUAAAGACAGAUAUUUUUGAAGAUGUGGGUCUUCUUUUUGCUCCACCAGAACUACGAAGCAUGACACUAACAAAUAUUUGCAAUGAUUUAAAUGAGUAUAGCCCUGGGAUGAUUAGCUCAGAUCCAAAGGCACUGGUUGAGAAAUUCUUUCCCAAGAAUUUUCAUGUUGACUUGGUAUUAGAUACUGGCUUCACUGCUGAGUACUUCAACUUACAAGCAGAUUACUUUCGACUUGUAAAUUAUCAAGAUUGUGAGCUUAAGUCUUCUGAGUUUCGGCGUUUAGCUGUAGAUUUGCACUCACAGGACGAGAUUACGGUGGAGGGUCAUGAUGCAGCAAUAGAUGCUUUGCUCUUGGCUGCAGAAUGCUAUGUCAACCCCUUUUUUAUGAUAGCUUUCAAGACCAAUCCAAAAUUAACAAACUAUGCCAACAUCAAGGAGAUAAAGGCUCUAAAAGAACAUGAUUUUGAUUUGAAAAAGGUCUCUGGAAAGUGCAGAAGUGACUUAGAAACAAUAGCUUUUCUUGAAAAGAAAAGAGACAAAGUUGUCCUGCAAAUUCUGCUUGAGGCUGCUGAAUUAGACCGAAAAUACGAGGAAAAUGUGUCAGAUGGUGAACAUGGUUCAUGCUAUGUUGGAAUAUAUGGUCAACCAAUCAUCAAGUUGUCUCCUCUUGAUGUACAAUCCAUGGAUGCCAUCACCUUAGUUCGACAAAAUCAAGCUUUGUUAUGUACCUUUUUAAUGAAAAGGUUGCAGAGAGAACGCCAGUCAUUGCAAGAAAUUCUUAUACAAAGUCUUGUGUUUUUGUUGCACUCGGCUACUGAGCUAUACUGCAGUCCAGAACAUGUGAUCGAUGUUGUAUUACAAUCUGCUGAGUACUUAAAUGGGAUGUUGACUUCCCUAUAUCAUCAGUUCAAAGAAGGCAAUCUUCACUUAGAGCCAGAAACAAUACAUGGGAUACAGCGUCGAUGGAUACUGCUUCAGAGACUGGUAAUCGCUUCCAGCAGUUGUGAUGAAGGGACAGAGUUUGCUAUCAACAAGAACAAUGGUUUCAAUUAUACAAAAUUGAUUCCACCUUCAGCUUGGACGAAUAGAAUUUCUUCAUUUUCUAGAUGUAAAUCGCCUCUAGUUCGGUUCCUUGGUUGGAUGGCAGUAUCUCGCAAUGCAAGGCAGUACGUAAAGGACCGAGUUUUCCUUGCUUCUGAUAUGCAACAGCUGACGUAUUUGCUAUCCAUAUUUGCAGAUGAGCUUGCUGUAGUGGAUAAUGUUAUCAACCGAGGACAUGAAGAUGCAAAUUUGGAAAAAUCAGGUGGGAAGCAUGUUUUCCCAGCACAUGAAGGACAUGAAGUUGCUGGUCAUCAACAUGAAAGCCAAUCUUUUCACUCUUUUCAUGUUUUUUAUCCCGAUCUCUAUAAGUUCUUUCCUAACAUGAAAAAGCAGUUUGGAGAUUUUGGGGAAACCAUUUUGGAGGCUGUUGGCUUGCAGUUGAGAUCCCUUCCUUCCACUCUCGUGCCAGACAUUUUGUGUUGGCUCUCUGAGUUGUGUUCCUGGCCAUUUUAUCACAUGGACCAAAUAGCUUCUCAAAAUAGUUCUUCUGAUUAUUUGAAAGGUUAUGUUGCUAAGAAUGCUAAGGUUGUGAUCCUGUAUGUUUUAGAAGCCAUCAUAACUGAGCACAUGGAAGCUAUGGUGCCUGAGACUCCUAGAGUCGUACAACUGCUACUAUCCCUUUGUAGAUCAUCAUACUGUGAUGUUUCAUUUCUUGAUUCUGUAUUGCGUUUGUUGAAGCCUAUCAUUUCAUAUUCCUUAAGUAAGGUGUCUGAUGAGGAAAGAUUAUCACAUGACGACUUGUGUCUUAAUUUUGAGUCAUUGUGCUUUGAUGAGCUUUUCCAUCACAUUAGACCCAGCGAGAAUCAGGACAAGGCUAAUAAAGAAUUAUAUGGUAGAGGGCUGACAAUUUUUAUUUUGGCUUCCGUCUUUCCUUAUUUGUCUGUUCAGCGUAGAAAGGAGAUGUUGCAGUCUUUAUUGUCAUGGACUGACUUUAUCGCAUUUGAACCAACAACUUCUUUCUAUGACUACCUUUGUGCAUUCCAGAAUGUUAUAGAAAGUUGUAAAGUCUUAUUAGUUAAGAAUUUACAAUUAUUUGGUGCUAUUCCACUCCAGCCAUCCACUGCUAGACAUUCAGAUAACUCCUUAGAGUCACAUUCAUGGUUUCCUAGUGAUGUCUACCACUCGCCAGAAAAGGUCCCCGAUAAGCUAGAGAAAAACAGCGAUGCUGCUGCUAAUGUAAAUCAGAAAAUUCACCAUUUAGCCACCGAAGAAAUAGAGGAAUUUUCUAAAGACUUGGAGAUUCUCAUUACCAAGCUUAAUCCAGCAACUGAGUUGUGUUGGAAUCUUCAUCAUCAACUGGCUAAGAAGCUUACUGUUACAUUGGCAGAAUGUUUUAUGUACUCAAGAUGUUUGUCUUCAAUUGCACAAAAAGUUGAGAAUGCUCAAGACAAUGACAGCGAAACAUCUAGUGUAUCCAAGCCAGUUGACCAAUUCCUCCUUCACUGGAGGCUUGGUCUUGAAGGAAUUUCUGAAACAAUUCUGACUCUUCAAGAAAAGGGUUGCUGGGAAGUUGCGUCUGUGAUGCUUGAUUGUCUACUAGGAGUGCCUUCUUGUUUUGGGCUGGGCAAUGUUGUUGGUUUUGUUUGUUCUGCAAUAAAAAAUAAUUCAUGCAGUGCACCAAAAAUUGCUUGGCGUUUGCGAACAGAAAAAUGGUUAUCAAUUUUACUUGGUAGAGACAUCCAUGUGCUUAAUGAAUGUGAAGAUUCUCUGGCUGAUCUGUUUUGUACACUGCUAGGUCAUCUUGAGCCUGAGCAACGAUUUAUUGCACUUAAGCUAUUAGGAAAACUUGUUGGCCAAGAGAUGGAUGGAAGAACUAACCUACAAGAGUUUAGUGUUUGCAGUAAUUUGUUUUCACCUGGCUUAGCUGAAUCCAUUCCUGAGUCUGUCAUUUCUCAUUUGGUAUCAAGUACAUGGGAUCUUGUUGUCGUGAUGGCGUCAUCUGAUGUAUCUUUGCAUCUGAGAAGCUGCGCGAUGGCUCUUCUUAUACAUUAUGUCCCAUUUGCUCAAAGGCACCAAUUACAAUCUUUCCUGGCAGCAGCUGAUAUUCAUGGUCUGGGAAAGCUUGGUCAGCCAACUUGUGAAGGCCCCUUGCUGCGACUUUCGUUGGCACUCAUUGCUGGAGCUUGCCUGUACAGUUCUCCUGAGGAUAUUUCCUUGAUUCCUCAAAAUGUUUGGAGAAAUAUUGAGACUUUAGGAUUUUCAAAAUCUGAAAGCAGGAUUGGCGAUCUUGAGAAAAGGACUUGCCAAAUCAUGUGUAGAUUGAAAAAUUACGAGGACGAGGCUAAAGAGGCUCUGAAAGAAGUACUGUCUGCAAGUUCUUCAAAACAAUCCAAUCCAGAUUUUGUGACUACACGUGAAACAAUUCUCCAGGUGAUUACCAAUUUAACUUCUGUCAAGUCGUACUUUGAUUUCUUCUCGGAAAAAGAAGAUCGAGAAGCCAUGGAACUGGAGGAGGCUGAAAUUGAAUUGGACAUUCUUCAAAAAGAUCAUGCUCCAGAACAAUCACUUGAAGAUUCCAAAGGGCACCGGACUCCUUCACUAGAUUCUCCUAUGAAAGAUGAUUCACGCCUUAAGCAAAUCAAGGAGUCUAUUCGUUCCCUAGAAAAGAGCAAACUUCGAGAAGAUAUAGCAACCCGCAGGCAAAGUAAACUUCUUAUGAGACAUACCCGUCAGAAAUAUUUAGAAGAGGCAGCUGUACGAGAAGCAGAGCUUUUACAAGAGCUUGAUAGGGAGAGAACAACUGAAGCUGAAAAGGAGAUUGAGAGACAGCGAUUGUUAGAACUGGAGCGUACAAAAACCAGGGAACUGCGGUACAAUCUUGAUAUGGAAAAGGAGAAGCAAACACAGAGAGAACUUCAGCGUGAGUUGGAGCAGGCUGAAUCAGGACUUCGGCCAUCUCGGCGCGAGUUUUCUUCCUCCUCCCAUAGUAGCAGGCCCCGGGAAAGGUAUCGUGAAAGGGAAAAUGGAAGAUCCGGAAAUGAGGGGAGCACAAGAGGAAGUACAGGUAGCUUGCAGCUUGAAACUUCUACUAGUUCUUCCAUGGUAACCAUGCCAACUGUUGUGCUGUCGGGGUCCCGACCAUUUUCCGGCCAGCUUCCUACGAUUUUGCAAUCACGUGAUCGUCAAGAUGAGUGUGGCAGCGGUUAUGAAGAGAAUGUAGAUGGAAGCAAGGACUCCGGUGACACAGGUAGUGUUGGGGAUCCGGACUUGGCUUCAGCAUUUGACGGACAGGGUGGUGGAUUUGGAUCAUCUCAGAGGCAUGGACCCCGGGGGAGCAAGUCUAGGCAGGUCGUGGAACGGAGAGAACGAGACAGACGCGAAGGGAAGUGGGAAAGGAAGCAUUUAUAAGGUGAAUGCCCGGAGCUGUAUACUAGGUUAGUGUAGUGUAGUGUACUGCGUAUACUUGUAUGUGCAAGGAAAGAAUCAAAGGAGAUACGACCGGAUAUGUUUUUCCUGAAGAAUGAUUGUGGUGGAAAGUAGGACUGUAAUUAGCGAUUAUAAAAGAAAAACAGAUACGUUUCUUGUCAGGUUCACUUUGUGAUGUGCCUGCAUUUGCGCAUAUAUCCCAGAAAGAAGAUUUUCAUCUUGUUGUCAACAUGAUGAUCCCAUUCGAAAAAUAUUUUAGUGAUUUGGGGUUAGGCGCCGAGAAUUAAAAUUAAACAGGUAGUUUUUGGACA